CUGUUGUUUCAACUCGGACUGAUCCUAUAGGCGCACACAGGAAACACGCGUAUCGAGCAUUAGAAACAGCGACACCGUCACAUUUUGUUGUCUGCAUGUGUCAGCUGGGAUUUUUUAUUUUUUAUUUUUUACAUAUACAUAUAUAUAUUUUGCAUCAUUUGAAAGUUUGCACGCGUCUUUUCUAACAUGCGCUCCUUCACGUCGCGGCUGUGAUCGGUAAACACACUGAGCGAUGUCCGGGUCAGUUCAUUCAGAGUAAACGAAACUGAGCAAAGUGUGAAAGCUCUCAGCCUCCGUCUGUCACAGUGACGAUGGGAAAGAAAAGAGGCAAGGACAGGAGACAGGAGGAAGAGGACAUUGACCUGACAGGUCCAUCGUGCAGACAUAUCAAGAAGGGCACAGACCAGACUCUUCUGAAGAAACUCUCCGGGGUUUCUGAUUGGCUGAGCUGCCAGGUUUGCGAGAAUGAAGAGAAUAAAGAAAACAUCGGCGCCGCCAUGCAACAGGACUCCGAGGAAGAGCAACAAGCUGUGUGGAUGUGCUUGAAAUGUGGCCAUAGAGGAUGUGGACGAAACUCUGAGAACCAGCAUGCCAUCAAACAUUAUGAGACUCCCCGGUCAGAUCCACAUUGCCUGGUGAUCAGUUUGGACAACUGGAGUGUGUGGUGUUAUAUAUGUGACGAUGAAGUCCAGUACUCAAGAACAGGACAUUUGGCUCAGCUGGUGACCAGCCUAAAAAAACAAACCUCUGCAGAUCCCAUAAAGAGACCACAGAAAAGAGUGAAGGAGGAAGACAGCUUGUUGGAGGUUGAGGAGAAGAUAGAGCCAGUAAAAGCAGAGGAAAACGAGGACAAGAAGGAAUGCAAAGAAAACAAGGACCAAAAGAAAAAUUCCAAGAAAGAUAGUGUUGGGAAAUCACAAAAGUCUGGCACAUCUGGAGACAAUGGUGGCGUGUCAGUAAAGGGGCUGAGCAACCUGGGAAACACAUGUUUCUUUAAUGCAGUCAUCCAGAGUCUCUCUCAGACACAGCUCUUAAGACAGACUCUCAACAAAGUGACAGAAGAGAAAAUGAGUCUUGACAUUACGCCCGUCGCCUCCUCAGAUCUGGAGCCUGUUGUGGUACAGUUGGACCAGCCGGGAUCUCUGACUUUGUCUAUGUGUCAACUAUUGAAUGAGAUCCAGGAAACCAAGAAGGGUGUGGUAACACCGCGGGAGUUGUUCACACAAGUUUGUAAAAAAGCUGCAAGGUUCAAAGGAUUUCAACAGCAAGAUAGCCAGGAACUACUGCGCUAUCUUCUUGAUGGGAUGCGAGCUGAGGAGAUUAAAAGAGUAAGCUCAGGGAUCAUGCAGACGUUGAAAGAAUCCAGAAAAGGCACAGAUGGAGAGCAGCUGAAAACACUAGUUAAAGAGUAUGAGAAAAAUGGAACUCCGAAAAACUUUGUCGACCACGUAUUUGGGGGAGAAAUGACCAGCACUGUAAUGUGUCAGCAGUGUAAAACGGUGUCUGUAGUCACAGAGAUGUUUUUGGAUCUUUCUCUUCCUGUUUCUGAUGAGGCAUAUAGAAAGAAGAACCAGAAAAAAGUAGUUCAAAAGAGCACCAGCGAGUCAAGCCAGGACGGUAGAAACAGCCCUGCUUUGACCAACGGUGUUGAUGACAUUCCCACCGUGGCUGGCAGCAAGUACCAGCAGAAGAAAGCGAAGAAGCAGGCAAAGAAGCAAGCAAAGCAGCAAAAAAGGCAGCAAAAGCUUGAGGGCAGAGUCACUUUAGACAGCCUCACAUCUCCAAGCCACACAGAAAGUGAACAGACAGAUCUUACUGCGGAGGCAAAGGACGGGGAAAAUGCUGAUAAUGAAAUGCAUGAAGAAGCCCCACCGAGUGAAGAAAAUCCAGCACAAAUCAGCGUGUCUGAAGAGGGCCAUAAGAAUCUUGACGCAGCCGAGGAUGAGAAAGAAAAAGAAGAGGACGAGGAUUCAGUGAUUGACUGUGACUCAUCGACUACGUCAUCAGUGAGCAACCGUUUCAACGUCUUAUCAGAGGAGCGGCAGUCAAAGGACAGCAUCAUAGACGAUGACAAAACAUCCGACGUGGAUCAGGAUGGUGAAGACGACACACAGCUGGUGAGUGAAAUGGAGAAAGUGACCCUGGACGAUGCCUUCGUAGAAGACCCUGAUGCUGUGGGACAAGCCACGACGAGUGAAGAUGAACCGGAGGCUAAAGAGUACACCGUAGUAAGUCAGGACCCAGAGCUGGCCUUCCAUACGCUGGCAACGAGGACGGCCCCUGAGAAACAGGAGUGUUCAGUGCAGUCGUGCCUCUUUCAGUUCACAGAAGUGGAAACCCUCACGCAGAACAACAGCCUGCUUUGUGUCACCUGCACUAAACGGCAGCCAAACAAAGACAAAGCUGCAGGAUCCAAGAAGAAUGUCUACACCGAUGCCUUAAAGCAGAUGCUGAUCUCGUCGCUCCCACCAGUGCUCACUCUACAUUUGAAGAGAUUUCAGCAGAAUGGAUACAGCAUUUGUAAGGUGAACAGACAUGUCCAGUUCCCCCUGAUACUGGAUCUAGCUCCUUUCUGUGGGGUUAAAUGCAAGAAUGUGACGGAGGGAGAUGCUCAGAUUUUGUACAGUUUGUACGGCAUCGUAGAGCACAGUGGAACAAUGAGGUCCGGUCAUUACACAGCCUAUGUGAAAGUACGACCCGAGUGCCCUAAACCCUCAUCCAAUGGGCAUGCAGCAGAAGGGGACGCGGGGCAACCCAGAGGAUCCUGGUUCCAUAUCAGCGACACAAGCGUUCAGCCCGUGAGCGAGAGCAAAGUCCAGAGUUGCCAAGCCUACCUCCUCUUCUACGAAAGAAUCCUCUAAUCGAACCAUGCCUCCUCACUACUCAGGAAAAAACCCCACAAAAACAAACCAACCUGCUGCUUCAGCUCCACAGUACGAGGGAUCUCAAAAAGUUGACCAACCUUGGCCUGUUUUUGAAAUUAUGGAGGGGGACAUUUGACAGUGUUGACAUUUUUUUCAUCACAGUUGGUGUUAAUGACGUGUAUUAUUGCAAACAGGACAGCUGUGUGUGUGUUUCUCACUCUUAUGACAAGGUGUGCGGUGGAAGUCAAGAUGGAUUUGUACAUGCAAAAAAAA